CUUCAUAUCAUCUGGUGAAUAUUUCUUCUCGCCAAAACCGCCGAAGCGUUUUCUUGUUUUAUUACGAGUUUUAGAUAUUGAACCAAAGACUUCCAAUCUAGUCGUUAUUUUAGACACACAGUUUUUUGGUGAAUGAUGGAUGCAGAAGGAGAGGGUGGGGAGGAGGCUCUCGGUGCUAGCACGGAAGCAUGGACAGCUGCAGCAUAUCAAACUCAGGAACUUAACAAUGUUGUACAUAUCAUCGUGCCAGAGUUGACUUGUAUACAACAAGGGCACCCAAAUGAUCCAUUGGCCACUGCUCUGAAUGAAGUUGCAAACAGUCAGGGGGCAUUGGUUGCUCAUGAUGAUGAUCAUGUACAAGUGAAAGAUCCUUUAUCAGCAUUAGCUGCUGCUGCUGAGCUAGAUCAAGUGCGAAAUGAUGUUACAGUGGUGGAACAUAUGAUAGAGGAAUCCAAGUAUAAUCAUGAAACAAAAUAUUCUCAUCAUCUCACACCUGACAUUAGUGCUGAUCAGCAGCAUGCCACUGCUGUCAUUGGUGAUGAUUCUGAGGCCUUACAUCACGGUGCUGUGGUGGUUAAUAUACCUUUAGAGGAAAAAAUUAAUCCCAUGGUACCAUUACCUCUUGCUCCAUUUUUGAAUGAAGAGGAUCCUGAUGUAAUGUUUUAUAAUGAAGUUUAUCACUACAUUAAUUCUGGCACAUACCCUGAGGGAUGUACUGAAGUGUACAAGAAAGUUAUCAGAAAGCGUGCUACAAAUUAUAUGAUUAAUGAAGAAGGGUCUUUAUCAUAUGGGCCCAGGGUAAGAAAACAGGUUGUAACAUGUAGGGCAGAACAGCGAGCAAUUCUUGAAGCAGAGCACAUUGAUAAAGCCACAGGUGUCCAUUUUGGUAUGAAGAAGACAUACGGCAGUAUUUUUGGUAAAUACUACUGGCGGUCAAUGUAUGUAGAUGUGGGAAGUUAUUGCAGACGUUGUGAAAAGUGCACAGAAGUAGGAGUUUCAAAUGUUCGAGGCCCUAUGCCUGUUGAAUCUUAUGAGGAGUCAUGUGAGGAAAAUCAGAGAGUAACAACAUUACCAACUGACAGAAUAAUUAGAGUAUGGAAAAAGGUACAAGUGAAGCUAUAUGGACCAUAUAAUAGAACCAUAUAUGGGAAUGAAGUUUUAAUGACAAUUGUGGAUCCAUUUUCAAAGUGGAUUGUUGCUCAGCCAAGUCCGGAAGCUGGAGUGGAAGUUCGAUGUGCCAAUUUUAUUUUUGAAACAUUUUGCCAAUUUGGAUUUGCUCAGUGUCAUGUCAUAGGUAUGAGUUCCGAGAGUUUUGAACAUAUGCAAGCCUGUUACAAGGAGAGAUUUGAUGGGACGCAGGAUGUUCUUCGAUCUCUAGUGCCAUUUGAUUCUGAAGAUGCUCAACAAAGCUUCCUGUUUACAUUACAAGAAGAAUCUAGGGAAUGUGCCUGGGCAGGGAAUAUUUUUGAUCAAAUAUGUACCGAAAAUGCCAACACAUGGGACCAAGAGGUGAAUCGUUACCUUUUCCAGUUCCACACCACUCAUUCAACCCAAAGUGGUGUGACGCCUUUUAGUAUGAUGUUUGCUCGCAACCCAACAGGUUAUGUCAGUGAAGAAGAAAAAGAAAACAUAAAUAUCCUAGAAGAAGAGAAGGCUCUUGAAGUUCCUGCUAAGAGGAGACGACUACAGAGUUCUACAUUGCAGUGCCGUCACUGCCAUGAAACAUUUACAAGCAAGAUUAGUUUCCGUAUUCAUCAGCGGAAGCAUACAGAAGAAGCAAGAAAGAGAGGUACAAUGGAAGGAGAAGAACCGCUUAGAUUAGUACUUCAGGAGAAAAAACCACAGCUUCGGAAACUACGUCCAAGGAAAAAGCGAAGACCUUUCGGAAGAGGGCCAGAGCGACUGUUAACACUCGCUUCAUCUGAUUGGUCAGACCAGCAAAAGGACAUUGUGCCAAAUGAUGAGAAUCGACAACAGUUGACCCAUAACACUGUUGUAGCAGUCAAAGCUCUUCUUAGUGCCACAAAGGAAGAAAGGAGUAAAAGAGGCAAAUAUGUGAAAUAUACACCAGAGUUACGAGAUGAGAUUGCUCAGUAUGCUCUUGCACAUGGAAACCAUGAAGCAGUGACUUAUUGGUCUGACAGACUUGGUGGUUCUGUUAGUGAAAGUACCAUUAGAAAUUUUAUUAAGACAUACAAAAGUUAUACACCAGAUGUAAAAGAAGAAAUUGGAAAAUUUGCUUUUCAGUAUGGAGUUGAUGUAGCAGCAAGACAUUUUUCUGAGAAAUUGGGUCACGAAGUAAGGAAAGGACUUAUCCGCAAGUUAAAAAAGAUUUACUUAAAAACAUUUCCAGAAAUUAAUAAUGUAGGGGAUAUAGAAGUGGGAACUAAUGGGAAAAGAGUUGCGAAUGGGCCAAGUACAACAACUGCAAGACAAAAGAGGUCAUUUUCAUUACAAAUGAAAGAUGAGAUUGGUCGUUAUGCAUCACAGUAUGGCAUUACUGCUGCUAUGCAUCAUUAUUCUGAAAAACUUCAGUUUGCUGUCAAGGAGUCCACAGUGCGCAAAUUCAAAAAGCAGUUUGUCGAGCGUGGUAACAUGAAUGGAGGAAAUGCUGGGGAAAAUGGACCAGUUGUAAAUAGUGGUACAGUAUUAACAACAGAUCAUCAAGCAGCACCUGCACAUACAAUAGAUGUAAUCCAUCCUUCCCUGUCAGUAUUAAAUGCUCCUACUGUGUCUGCCACAGUUAAUGUGAGCUCGGCUAAUAAUUUUGUUUAUCAGCAUCCCUAUCACCUAAACAUGGCGCCUGGACCUCAGGCUAACACUGUUGUUCCAAUGAACCAUAAUUCUUUGGCAUUCCAUCAGGGUGGUGUGAUUAAUCAGAGCAUGACUACCUCUUUACCCUAUCAGCAAGCAGGUGCUCCGCCUGGAUCUUCAGUUAUUAUGAACCAGAGCUUUACUCAAACUCCAACAGGCUUCCAGCAAAGUUAUGUUAGUGGAUUCUCACAGGGAGGAAGUGCUGGAGGAACAGUAACUCAUGGUGGGCAAAUAGCACCACUAGCCAUGACCCAUACCAGUGUAGCUGCCACUAGUAUGGCUCAUUCCCCUCUACCCCUAACAAUGAGUGGGACACCCACUACUCAUAUACCUCAGUUAACACAUCAUGGUGUAGGGCCCACUGUAAGUCAGCCACAUAUCACUCAGACUUCUGCAAUACCUCAUAGUGUUACAGCUGGUGUCCAGCACCCCUCACACCAUCAGUUAAUCACAACAUCAUUCCAUCAACCUCUAACAGGCUCACUAAGUUUUGAAGGUACUACUUUACAAGCUCAUGCUCAGGCUAAUUUAAGCAAUGAACCUCUAAGUCUUAUGAAGGAGGCUCAUGACCAACCAAAUGGAGUCACUCUAGGCCAGGGUGAUGACAGUUUGCAUGAUCCAGGAGCAGAUGCUGCUGCUGCUGCCGCUCAAUCUGGCCUAGGUACUUUAGGUGAACAGCCUGGACCUUCUAAUCAGCAAGAAAGUAUUCUUAUUAUGGAUAAUGAGGAUUUUAUUGACCCUCCAACGCCAGUACCAAAGAAGAAGAAGAAGAGAUCUAAGAAUCGAUCCAAGAUACCUAGAGGAUGCAUUGGUGUUAGCAAACGAGGAAAUUAUGCGUCUUACAGUCCAGAACUUAGAGCUGAAAUUGGAAAGUAUGCAUCUGAGGAAGGAAAUUUAGCAGCUGUUCAAUAUUAUAAAGAAAAACUGGGAUUCGAAAUACCUGAAAGUACUGUUCGGGGUUUGAGAGACAAAUAUCUUAUCAAGAGAGUUCGGGGAAAGAAAGAAGUCCUGUCCAUCGGAUUUGCUCAAAGAGGGAGGCCAAUGAGGCUUGGGAAAUACGAUGAAAUUGUUCAAGAUUGCAUCAGAGAACUAGUCAGAGAUGGAGAAAAGGUAUCAUCCUUUUUAGCUAUUGCCACUGCUAAACAAGUGUUGAUGCAAUAUGAACCAAACCUUCUAGAAGAAUAUGGAGGCCCAGUUAAGUUAAAUCCUACUUGGGCAAAAAGUUUUUUGAAGCGUAUAGGUCUCAAUCAGUUAGCUUAAGUCUUGAUAUAGUAAUUUGUAAACUUGAGGUAUCUUAUUUUAUUUUCAGAAGUAUACUAUCAUACAAUAAUUUUCUGCAUUUCUCUAGUAGUGCAUACUACACUGACACUGAUGAAAUUUCGAUAAUAUAGUAAUCUCUUAAGUAACUACACUUACAGGCCCAAGGUGGAUUCCUUUAAGGUAAAGAUUUUAUAAUGUGAAUAUUUCACUACUGUAAACUAGGCUACCACAAAAUCACAGCCCC